UACAUAUCUUGGUCAUCCUAAAAAACAAAACAAAAUAUCACUUCCGACUCAGAUUCAGGAUUCUAUGUCGUCUAGGAACUGUUGUUGAGUCAAAAAAACCUUAACCAUGAUGGAAGAAGAAGAAGACACCCUGUUUGACCAAGAGACUCUGUUAGGGGAUAAAGAAAUUGCUUUCAAUGAAAAAGCUUUAUGGAUGAGACGAAUAAUGAAAACCCUUGCUUUGACUAUGUCAUUUUUUUGCCUGGGACUGUGUAUUGCCAUCCCUGGAGCCACUCUGAUUGAGCUGGGUCAGUUAGUGCAGGAUGAUGUGGAUCACAUGUCGUACAUCUUUACGGCCCGUUCUAUCGGCUACUUCAUCGGGUCGCUGGUGGGAGGGGUUCUGUUUGACUUCUUUGACCAGCAGAUCUUGCUCUUCUACACGUUGUCAGCCACUGCUCUUGCUACGGCUGGCGUCCCCUGGUGUAACGCUCUACUUCCCCUGUCACUGUUGAUCUGCAUGCACGGCGUGGCUAUUGGAAUCUUGGACACUGGUGGAAAUGUUUUCUGUUUAAAAAUCUGGGGGAAGAAGAGUGCACCUUAUGUGCAGCUCCUACAUUUUGCUUUUGGAGUUGGAGCUUUCUUAGCUCCUCUCAUUGCCAGCCCAUUCCUGGCUGAUUCAUUUCUUCCUCAAAACUUGACGAAAGUUCCAUUUAAUUACGACCACGCCCUCAACGAUCAGCUAUCCCGGAACAUCCGAUCUUUUGAUAUCCCAAAGCACUUUAAUAAGGAUCUUGGAAUUGGUCUUUUAACCAACUAUAGAGAAUCUGACAUAGACACCAUCAAAUAUGAUGGGAUACAUUUGCAGAGACGUGAAGUGCUGGAGAACAACACCAUGUUUAAUUCUACAGACCUGAGCUUCGCAGAGAAUGAAACCUCAGGUUUAGACAACAGCACCACAACUUUAACAACAACAACAACUUCAACAGAGAGGCCAAGAAAACCUGGCGUUGUUGAUACAUACGGUCUAACUGACAAGCACGCAGAUGGUAGUUUCAAUCAAGAUCAGAUCAAAAAGAUAACGGAGGAAAAAAAAACAAACAAUGAAGGUCAAGCACCUGUAGCACCUCCCACAGCCAUGCCUAACAGCACUGUGUCUGUUUCACCCAGUACAGCUGUUCUAUCCAGCAAUGAUUCAACCUUGACCAUCAACCAAACAGAUUCUAACGAUACAUUGAUUAUAGAACAAACAACUACACCUGACACAACCACAUCAACAUCCACUUCAACUACCACAUCAACUACCACCACCACCACAACAACAACCACUACUACAACAACAGAAUCACCCACUACAACCACAACCUCAACCACUGUAGCCAUAGCAACAUCUAAGACAGCUGGCAGAGUUGUCCCACCUGAUGUUGAACCCAACAACUCCAUCUCCAAACCUAGUGAGGCCACAGAUGAAAUCCCAACCAACAACACAAGAGACAAUGGCAUCCAUAAGCCUAAGUCCUUGGAUGAGAAUUUCGUGGACUAUGUUCUGGAAGGUUUCCGUAAAUUUUCUAAGAUUCAGUUUGCUUAUUUAAUCAUCGGCCUGCUCCUGGCACUCAAUGCUGGGACUUUUCUCUUCCUGUACUGCAACGACAGGCGUGCUAAAUUUUCCCUGGCCGCCCCGUCUCAUGAUGAUCUUAUCAGGCAACCAGAGGCAUUGCUGUACAAACUUUUAAUUUUAGGAUUGUUGUUCUUCUUCUUUGUGGUCUACACCGGCAUGGAGGUUACUUUUGGAGGUCUGAUUACCACAUUUGCCGUGGACUACAGUAAAGGGAAUUUCACCCCCACCCAGGGAGCCACAAUGGCGGCACUGUUUUGGGGGUGUUUAGCUUUAGGCAGAGGAGUCUCUAUCUUUAUCGCCAGAUUUUUUAAGCCCCCGUGCAUGAUUGUAGGGAACUUGUGCUUGACGGUGACCGGAGCUUUUUUCUUAAGUUUUGGUGUGUCCACAAACCCGGACACGCUGUGGUACGGCACGGUCAUGUUUGGCCUGGGCAUGUCCUCCAUCUACCCGUCCGCCAUAUCCUGGGCUGACAACAACUACCCGCUGACCGGCAAAGCCACGGCUGUGUUUGUGGCGGGCUCGGGGAUCGGGGAGAUGACCAUCCCAGUCCUCACUGGCCACUUGUAUAAGAAAGUCAGCCGUAUGUCGCUCAUGUACGUGACCCUGACCCUGUCGUCGACAUUGACUUUGCUGUAUAUGUGCCUGCAGGUUGUCGCCUGCAGGAAAUCCAGAGGAAACAGGUCCCGUUCUGGCUUCAUGCGCCUGCAUAACUCCGACGACAUGGCGGAUUCGAUGGAUAUGGAUUCAGUCAGGCUGACGGAUACAUCUUCAAGAGGAGCGAGGAGGAGGAGAGACGUGAAUGGUGAGAGGGAGGAGAGGUAUAAACAAAAUGGACGGUCUGAGGAGCAACAGAAACUCAAUGGAGGGGAGUAUGAGAUCACAGAGUUCACCAAGUUGGUGGAGUUGAGUGACUAAACAAGAAAGGGAAAUAACUUCAGGGUAUGUUCUUGUGCUAUUUAUAUAAAUAUUAAACAGCAGGUUCAGUACUGUUCAGUACUGUGUUGAAAGGAAAUACAACAAGCUGUUUAUUUUAUGAUUUACCUUUGUGCCCUGGUUGUUUGUCAGGAUAUCAACUAAUAUCAAACUAUUUAUUGUGCUACAUGGUACUCAAUUCUUAUAGAAAUUAAGUCGGCGUUUUUGCUUGAUUUCCAGUUCAGGCUGAGUUCAAGCCAUGUCUUGUUCAAUUAUCAAUAUGCUUUCUCAGUUAUUUUCAUUUUCAUACAAUUUUUACAUAUUAUGUUUGACUAUCUACAGCUUCACUAUCUUUUGAAUUUUAUUAAAAUGUUAAAGUAGUAAUUUUUAGAACUUCCAUAUAGAAGAUCUAUUCACUCACAGAAAAGUGAUCUUACUAUCUAAAUUUGACGUAAACAAAAUCAUUGUUGAUUUUUAAAUGGAUUAAAAAUGCCAAAAUUCGGAAUCGUUGAAUUGUUCUAAACUAGUUAAGUUUUUGAAGUAGAGAAAUUAUUUGACAUAUAAUGUCUUCUGUUAACACAUACACCCAUUGCUUAUAGCAUUAUCUUUUUAUUUUGUUCAUUGUGUUUUUAUUCAUAUAUUUUCAUUUGUACGUGUAGCAUUUAUCACAUAUGGGUAAAUAAAUAUAAAACAAAUGGGAGUCGCCAUUUUGCUUUGAGGCAUCGCCCCUCUCUGUUUGGAGUUAAAGCGAAAAACCAGUUGAUGUAGUGUGGGACACUCAUUGGGGUUUUUAGUUAUUUCUACUUUUGUAAUUACUUUUGUGAAGUUUCUUGAAAGCAUAAGUUCUAAAUGAUUUCGUGUCUUUUAGUGGUGACACCUUAUACCUUUAAUUAAGAAACUUUGAUACAAACAAGUCUCUCAAAAACAGAUAUUUAUUUGAACUGAAAAUGAACUAGAGAUGUGGCUAUCCAUUUUUUGAACACCCCAAAGUUUGUGUGAUAUUGAACACCCUGCAUUAAUGUGACAUUGGACACCCAGAGCUUUCAAGUAAUUGUGGAUUUUAUUGUGUGUGUGCUUUGAUUGUUUUCUGAGUGCUAAAAUUUGAUAUGCAGAUGUUUUCACUUUUCAAUACAUAGUGUUGGUUUGAUGGUUAAAAGGUUGGUUUAUUUAGCAUGUUCCUUGGUACUUACAAAAUUAACCCAGCAUAUUCACCAAACCAUAAGCUUUCUACAAUGUUGUUAGGAAAAUUUUCUCUCGUAAAUUAUCACCAGAAAAACAUUUUUUUUUUACAUUUUUUUUAAAAUGUACAUUUUUUUCAUUUUGAGCCUUGGUGCAAAUUUUGUCUUUGAUUUUUUUUAUCUCAAAGUACACAUCUAAAUUAAUCCUACGCCCUAAAUUUUCCAGGAAAUAAUUAACUGUUGAUCAAUAUUUAUUUAUUGAUGGUGUACCAUGUGGGAAUAUUCAUAUUAAUGAAUUUAAUUUGUAGUAAUUAUUUUUUGACAAACAACUUUAGUUUUAAACUUAAACCAUUUCAUUUCUCAUAUUAUAUUGGCAGUAUUAAUUAGUAUUAUACACCAAAGUUUAUAUUACUAAAAACAUUCAACUCCAGAUUAAAAAAAUACAAUUACAAACCCAAGCUUACUUAUGAUAAGUCCUCUCCAUGGGUUUUCAGUGACAAAAUUACCCACCAUAUAAUGUAUUUGUUA